CUGGACAGUUUGCUACAAUGGAGGCCAGUUCUGUCCUCCUAGCUCUUACUAAUAUCUAUGUAGCAAUAUUUGCCCUAUUUUGUUUUAAACUUUUAAUCAAGGUGUCCUUGUGCGUGCUCACACAUUUUUACAUUGUGCGGGGCAAUCGGAAGGAAGCUGCCAGAAUAGCAGAAGAGAUCUAUGGAAUAGUACAAGGUUCUUGGGCAGACCGUUCUCCAUUACAUGAAGCUGCAUUUCAUGGAAGACUUCUUACUGUGAAAACAUUGAUAGCUCAGGGUUUUAAUGUGAACAUUUUGACCAUAGACAGAGUUUCUCCUGUUCAUGAAGCAUGCCUUGGUGGUCAUGUCUCUUGUGCCAAAGUAUUACUGGAGAAUGGAGCCCGAGUCAAUGUGGUGACAGUGGAUGGAAUCACUCCUCUGUAUAACGCAUGUAGGAGUGGGAGCGUUGCUUGUGUCAGUAUGCUAUUGGAUUAUGGGGCUAACCCAGAGCUGGAAACUCAGCUGGCUUCUCCUCUUCAUGAAGCAGUCAUAAGAGGUUACCGGGAAUGUGCAGAAAUGUUAAUCUCAUAUGGAGCAGACAUUGAUAAAGAACUUCAGAAAUUGGUACUCCGCUGUACUUAGCCUGUGCCACCAGAAAGCUGACUGUGUUAGAAAGCUUCUUGAACUGGGUGCAGACGUGAACCACGGGAAACUUUUAGACACACCUCUCCAUGCUGCUGCUCGCAAAACAAGUGAAGAGAUUGUCAAGUUGCUUAUUGAUUAUGGGGCCAAUGUGAAGAGUAAAAACAUGGAAGGAAAAUACCCCAUAGAACUGACAGCACCCAGGAGUGCUGUAGAAAGAACGUUGCUCAUCGCAGAAGGUCCAGCUUCCUUGGCUCAACUGUGUCGGCUCAGCAUUCGAAAGUUGUUGGGUUCUUCCUGUGUACAAGUGGUGCCCAGGCUUCAGUUACCCAACAGACUAAUACAAUUUCUACUAUAUCGAUAG